AUGAUCUACCAAUCUAUUUAAAAUUAGUACAAAUAUUUUAACAAUCUAUUUACAUUUAGUAUAAAUAUUUUUAUUAAGCUUGCUUGGUAGGUUGUCAAAAUGACAUGCAAUAGAAAAGAAAAAACCGAUGAAUAAAAAGUAAGAAGAUGAUGAGGUGGAGCAACUUUUUGCAUUUACUAUCAAUUAUGAAUAAAUUUUUAUAAUUAUGUCUAAUUUGAAAUUUUUUUGUAAUUGUUUUUAAAAUUUAAAAUUUUAUUUUCUAAAUUCAAUUUUUUGUGUUAUUUAUCACUUACGCACUACUAGAAUUACCGGGGUUACCGACGGAUAUUACCGACGGACGAAUUUUAAAUAUUAUUAACACCUAAAAAGAGUCAUUAUAAACAUUUGGUCGUAAUUGAUCAUAAAAGAUGCAAAUGUUUAAUUUACAAUUUAACUUUUUGGAUAUAGCUGUAAAAAAAACCUUUGAAAUUGUACCAAAUUGUAACAAUUAAAAGAUUUAGUCAUAAUUUAUAAAAAAGACUUAAAUGGCAAUUUGCCCUCUCAACUUGUAAACAGUGGUCAAUUAACACAACUAUUAGUCAUGAACUUGUUUAUUAUAGGGCAACAGUUUACCUCCUCAACUUGUAAGCAAAUUGUUCCCUAAAUUGGCAAUUUUCCCCUUCAACUUAUAAGCUAAUUUGCCCAAAUGAGAUUAAUUUCUAUAAUUACCAAGUUCGUGACUAAUUUACCCACAAAAUUAAUUAACACAUCCAUUACUUAUAAAUAGAGUGGGAAAAUUGCCACUUAAAUAAAUAAAAAAAAGUAAAAUUUAGAUCUACAAACUAGUUUGACCUUUUGUUAGUGGCGGUGCUUAAAGAGUUCAGGUGCAAUUUUGAGUAAAAAAAAACAUUAAUGUCAUAUCUGCACUUCAUGUUAAACAUUAAGGUCGUAUUUGAACCUUCUCCCUUCACCUUCUCAACUUCUCAACACACUAUCCAUUGAACACUUCCGACUGCUCUAUAAUCAGAGGUUUGGUAAAGCAGCAAAGCAAGGGAAAAAAUUUAUACUAUGGAUAACCAGCCGGUCAAAAAGAUUGAUAACAGCUCAAGAUCGGAUAGAAUCAGUAACUUGCCGAAUCAUAUCAUAGAUAACAUUCUAAGUUGUCUGUCGAUUCAUGAAGCAGUUGGGACUAGUAUUUUGUCAAAGAAAUGGAGGUUCAGGUGGAGAUAUCUUCCCAAUUUGGUAUUUGACGAUACUUUUUAUGAGACGUCAAUGCGAUCUUCUACUACAAAACCUAGCAUUACUAAAUUCUUUCUUGAUAUCUAUAGCAUUCUAUUGCUUCAUCAAGGACCCAUUAUGAAUUUUACUUUUUAUGUUCCAUCGUUGGACAGUUUUUCUGAGAUUGACCGGUUAAUGCUUUAUUUGAGCGAAAAAGAUGUUCAAGAAUUUUUCUUAAACAUUGAAGGAAGUUCCCAUAUCGACCGGUUGCCAUCAUUUCUGUUCUCAUGCGUGACAAUGAGGCGCUUGACCUUAACCUGCUGUUCUUUCACAGUUCCAUUGGCAUUUCAAGGAUUUGUUACGUUGAUUUCUCUUAAGUUUCAGUCUGUUCGUUUUAAAACCAAUUUAUUUGAAACUUUUAUCUCCAAAUGCCCAUUACUUGAAACACUUUCUAUAAAAUCUUGUAGUGGUAUUGAUGACCUUGAUAUUGACAUUCCUUAUCUCAAGUACUUUCACUUCCAUGGUCCUUUUAAGGCUAUUUGUUUUAGGAAAACUUGUCUGCAUCUUUCAAAAGUUAUAAUCAGUAAUAGUACAUCUGCUGAUAACUUUUCUGGACCCAAGACCUCUGAACCGACCAAGCUUUUCGAAUCUCUGCCUGCCAUCGACCACUUGCGUCUCGGAUAUCAGUUUGUGGAUUACCUGAUUGAUCGAACAGUGCCGAUAAAACUUUCAGCUACUCUUGAUUGUCUUAGAGUUCUCAACCUGUCUGAAAUGUGUUUUCGGUAUCCCGAACAUGUCUCUGUUGUUCUUCGCUUGAUUGUGAGCUCUCUUAACUUACAGUUUCUUGCGAUUGAGUCUUUUGCAUAUACGGAUGAAAUCCCGCUUCUUGCUCCGGAACUUUUAAAAGUAGAAGGCCUCUUAGAUAAUGCACUUAAAAAGCUUCGAGUGGUGAAGAUGACGCUCCCAAACGCAGAAAUAGAACCUGAACUAGAAUUUAUUAAGUUUCUAUUGGCUGAAUCAGUAGCACUUGAAAAGAUGAUUAUACAGCCUUCCGAAGAAACAGAACCUAAACAAGCACUAAAUAUUUUGAAAGAGAUAACUCGAUUUCAACGUUCAUCUAAGAAAGCAGAAAUUCUAUUCCUAGAUCCUCAAUAUGAUGAUGAAUGAUUGUAGUGUAAGUUAGGAUGUUUUUUCCUGAAAAUCAAAUCAUUUUCUUGUCUUACCAAAAACAUGUUUGUCUUUAACUUCUUAUGGUAAUUUUGUUUGUGGGGUUUGGUGGUUUUAUUUAAGCAGUUCUAAAACAAGAACGUUGGAGUACUGAAAUAGAACUCAUUUUGCACAAGCCGAUCAUAGCAAAUACAUUAUAUACUGUCGAACUAUUCCAUUAUAAUUAAUUUGUUUACUGCCAAAUUUACAUAAGUUAAAACAAAUGUAACUAAAAUGGUGUAUUUUCCUAGAUUAUGUUUUAUGUCUAAACAAUUGAAUGUUUCAUAAAAACAUCCUUUGUUCUGUUUUCCAGAAGGGUAUUGGUUGGUUUUUUGAAUCAAUUAGCACAUGUGUGUGUUGCAAAUUCUGCUGUUUUUGUUUCCAUGUCAAUUGUGAUGAUUUACAUAGAGUCUGGUGUUAGAUUCUUAAGGUUUAUUCAAAUGUUAUUUGUAUUCUGUAAUGUUUCAUCAGCUAAUUCUUUCCUUUAUUAUGCAUCAUUUUAUAAUCCUUAUUUGGUUCUCGUUGAUCGUUCAUGAUGCAUCGAAGAGGCUUCAAUUCUUUUGAAGCACUCGUGCGUGGCAGUGAUAAUAAAUGAACAUGAAGUUUUUCUUCUUCUUUUCA